AGAACACUUGCUUGAUACGUUAUGCUGAAGCAGUCCAACCUUAAAAUACUAGCGACAGCAUACCUUAGAUAACGAUUUAUAUCACUAGAAAUGGAUGCAGCUGACAGAGGAGUGUACUUUGACGAGGAUUUCCAUGUACGCAUCCUAGAUGUGGACAAGUACACUGCUUCAAAGUCAUUACAGGAUAACACGAACGUGUUCAUAAGCAACAUCAAUAACCUGCAAAGUCUAGUCGAGAAGUACGUCUCGGCUAUCGACCAGCAGGUCGAACGGCUUGAAGCGGAAAAGUUGAAAGCAAUCGGAUUGCGGAACAAGGUUGCAGCUCUCAGCGAGGAGCGAAAGCGGAAGCAGAAGGAGCAGGAGCGCAUGUUGGGAGAGAAGAGAGAGGAGCUUGAAAGGCUCCAAAUGGAGGAGCAGUCGCUCAUCAAGGUGAUGGGCGAGCAGGAGAUCCUAAUCCAGAAGCUGACGGACAGCAGCUCGGGCGCCGCGUAUGUAUGAGAAUUAUGGAGAUGGCGACGCGGUGGCGGCAGAGACACGGUGGAGAUAGCGGCAGCGGUUGUAGCGUCAGGCUGGGAGGCACUGCGCUUUGGGGAUUGUGAGCUGAAUGCGGACAUCUCCGCCGGCGUUCAGGGUGCAACGUGGCAGUGGAAAGUGCUAACGAGUUCCAGGUGCCGCGGAGUUCCAGGGUAGUGAAGGCAGGGACCCUUUUUGCACGAAUAUACCGAAUGUGGAUUCCAACAUCUAACAUGUAGAUAUGACAUCUAACAUAUACUUACUGACAGCCGGAUUACGGCGCGGUGCUGUGACGCAUGACUUGAGACCGGGCCACAUUGGGCAGAGGGGGGGUAGACCACGUAGGCUCGUUUCGCAGACAUUGGGUGUUAGAGGAGGUGGAGGUGUAAUGAAAAAUGGGAGGGGAUUAUAUCCGGGGCACGGGCCACUGCCUCCUCUCAUGCCAGAGUGCAUGUCUGGGAAACAUUUUUAGGAGAUUUAUUUCCAAAUUAGGGACGGCAACAAGGCUGUAUGGUUUAAAUCGUGAGUUUGCGUCGGGUUCAUGGUCAACGCAGUGUCCUGGUAGGGUUCAAAGCGGAUUUGCGUAUUAUACCAUUAGAUUUGGAAUGAAUAUGCUGCGGCGAGAGGCGAACGAAGAGGAGGAUGUUCAUCUAGCAUUACGAGGUCGAUUAAAAGUAUGAAACAAUAUUACAUACAUGCUAGAUGAGGGGGAAUGGAACGUGUGUUUCACAAAGCCUAUGUAUCCACCUUGUACAACUGGCUUUGAUUACGAACACGAAACGCAGAGAGCGUAAAAUUGGAAUCGUUU